UCUCUAUAUUAUCAGUCUUCCAUUUUCUGAGGCUGAGGCCUCCAAGCAAAAGCCCGAGCCUCCGCCCCAUAAUCCCUUCUUUCCUUUCCUUCUCUUUUCCUGCUUCAUGGGAAAGAUUUCAUGUCAUCAGCAACAACCCAGAAUUUCUUUUCACUAUUUUUCCCCAUUUCCAUUCUCAAUCCCUUCCAUUUCCUUCACAGAUUGAGCUUGUGGUUCAUUGUUUCCUUAUGAUUUCUCAUCUCCAUUCUUCUCUGUAUCUAAAUGAUUACACACUUUCCAUUUCCGAGCUUUGAUUUCUCUAAUUCCUUUUCUCAACAUUGCCCAUGUAAUAACUCCACUGCUUUCUCCCCUUCUCACCCACCUCGCAAUUCCCUUUCUCCAACUUCUUUAAGGAAAUCGAGAAAACCCUUUUCAGCUGCUCUCAAUUUCCGAAGAAAAUGGUUCUUGGUUUGUUCCCUUUCUCCCGAUGGCGUUACUCGCAACUUCAAUCUAGAAUUUGCAACUUCCGCGAGAAGGGGUGCUAGAAAUUUUGUAGUUAAGCGUAUUAGUAAUGAAUUGGAAGGGGAAGAAUUCUCUCAGGAAGAGUCUUCUUCUGUGCAAGUGGGGUCGAAUUUUACUGGUUUCCAAGAGGAUCCUAUUGUUGAUAAGUUAAGAACUCAACUGGGAGUCAUUCACCCUAUCCCUUCGCCGCCUAUUAAUCGAAACAUUGUUGGACUUUUCGUCUUCUUUUUCUUUGUUGGAGUUGCUUUUGACAAGUUAUGGACAUUUAGGAAGAGAAGUAAAUCCAGAAAUGAUGAUGGGCGUCGUGGUACAUGGCCUCAGGUGCCUACUAGUUUCUCUUCGUUUUUGGAGAAGGAUUUACAAAGGAAGGAAUCGGUGGAGUGGGUGAAUAUGGUGUUGGGUAAAUUGUGGAAAGUUUAUCGACCUGGUAUUGAGGAUUGGCUUGUUGGGUUGUUGCAACCUGUUAUUGAUAAUUUGAAGAAACCUGAUUAUGUGGAGAGAGUGGAAAUCAAGCAGUUUUCAUUGGGGGAAGAACCAUUGUCAGUUAGGAAUGUUGAGAGGAGAACAUCCCGUCGAGCCAACGAUUUGCAGUACCAAAUUGGUCUGCGGUAUACUGGCGGUGCUCGUAUGUUAUUAAUGCUUUCACUAAAAUUUGGCAUCAUCCCCAUUUCUGUUCCAGUUGGUGUCCGAGAUUUUGACAUAGAUGGUGAAUUAUGGGUCAAGUUGCGGCUUAUUCCAACUGAACCUUGGGUAGGUGCCGUUUCAUGGGCAUUUGUUUCACUACCAAAGAUCAAAUUUGAGUUGUCACCAUUCCGCUUGUUCAAUUUAAUGGCCAUUCCUGUUCUCUCCAUGUUUUUGACAAAACUUCUCACUGAGGACUUACCUAAAUUAUUUGUACGUCCGAAGAAGAUAGUUCUAGAUUUCCAAAAAGGAAAAGCAGUUGGACCCGUUCCAGAUGAGGUUAAAUCAGGUGACAUGCAGGAAGGAAAUAAUGAUUCUGUUGGGGAACUUUCAGUAACCCUUGUAGAUGCUCGGAAGCUAUCUUAUUUGUUUUAUGGAAAAACAGACCCGUACGUCAUUUUAAGCUUGGGCGACCAAGUAAUACGCAGCAAAAAGAACAGCCAAACCACUGUAAUUGGACCACCUGGUGAGCCAAUCUGGAAUCAGGAUUUUCAUAUGCUUGUCGCAAAUCCUAGGAAACAAAAAUUGUAUAUCCAAGUGAAAGACUCUCUUGGAUUUGCGGAUUUGACUAUUGGCAACGCAGAGGUUGACAUUGGUUCUCUUCAAGAUACCGUACCAACAGAUAGAAUCGUUGUUUUGGGGGGAGGCUGGGGACUCUUUAGAAACAGGUCUUCUGGAGAAGUACUAGUGAGAUUGACAUACAAAGCAUAUGUUGAGGACGAGGAGGACGACAAGGCUGCAUCAGAUGCCUUGGAUAUAGAUAUUUCAGACGACGAUGAGUCAUCUGAUUCUGAUGAACCAAACGGUGCUUAUGAGGAGAGUGAAAACGAUGCAGCGAAAACAACCGAUAAGGAAACAUUUAUGGAUGUUCUAGCAGCUUUGAUAGUAAGCGAAGAAUUUCAGGGGAUAGUGGCAUCCGAUGCAUUGAAUACAAAGAUUCAGAAUGAUGCCACCAUUUCUCCUAGCUUAGGGACAAUGAAGUCGAGAUCUCGUGAUGCAGCUGCCGACAACAAAUCCAUGGUUUCUAGUAAGGGAGCUGGAGGUUUAGCCGAAUCGGCAUUGUUUUGGCUUGCCGUGAUCACAAGUAUCUCUGUGCUCAUUGCUAUCAACAUUGGUGGUUCGAGUUUCUUCAAUCCAUGAUUUUAUGACGAACUCUCAAGACUACCAUACCCAUCAGCUAUUUUGCAUCAUAGAGCAAGAAACCCUUGGAUGACUUGAGUCGAGUAUAUCACUCACCCAUUCACAUUGAGUUGAACAAUGACAGAAUCAAUCAACCUAACUCUUGUUCAGUUUGUAUAUAAGUCGCCAAAUGGAGCAAUAUUCUGUUGGCGGCAUACCAAUUUUGACUUUGUAUUAUAAUAACCUAAUUUGAGAUUUUUACACGGAAAGCCUUUUGUACAAUGUAUAUCUCAUAAAUAUCUUAGAUUUUAAAUUAUUUCUUUAA